AUGACAGAGUUUUACGGAACUGGUUUUCGAAUUCUUUUAAUUUGCUUGUUUAGAGUUACAUUAGUUAAAAGCACAGAAUUAUGUAAAAAUCCCAUUGCCAAAAACAGUAACUUAACUGCCUCCAGUGAGUAUGGGAAAAAGGACAGCAAACACAUGUAUGGGGCUGAGAGGGGACAUCUGGACACCAAGGAGGAGAUAAUCAACGGGAUAACGGAAAUAGGGGGCUGGGCGGCGGCCGCAAAUACCCACAACCAGUACAUCCAGGCUACCUUUUCAAGACCCCAUUUAAUACGUGAUGUCAUUACUCAAGGGCGUCAUGGGUGUUGCAAACAGUGGGUAACGACUUACACAGUACAGUACAGUUACGACUGCAAGCAGUGGAAAACAGUGGGAGGGAAUAAUGCAACGGUUUUUCAAGGUAAUAUCGACGAAGACAGCAAAGUUACAAAUCACUUGCCAUGUCCAAUAUGGGCAAGAUGUGUUCGACUUCUACCUAAAACCUGGAAUCACCAUAUUGCGAUGAGACUUGAAUUUUUGGGAUGUCCCAUCAAAACACCUAGCUCCUCUUCAAACACUUCCACUGGAAAGAGUACAACCACAACCCUACCCGUCACUCCAUAUAAACUUCCCACAGGGGUAGCGCCAAAUUACAGCCCCCUAGACCCAAAGGACUGCAAACGGUCACUGCUGGCCUUCAACUGCAGCGUGCCGAUAAUCCGUCAGCACUGCAAACACUCCUGUGCAAAUACAUCAGCAUUGACGACCAGUGCUACAACAACAAAUGCAAACCAGACGAUAGCUAUAACUAGUGGAAGCACGACUUCUUCUAAUCAAACAGGAAAUACUUUUUCGUCUGUUCCCCUAUCAACGUCUUCAGUGAGUGGAACAACCAAUCUAAUAUCAACCAAAGUACCGAGCCAGGGCAUUCGCCUACCUAAUACACCUCAAUGUGACGAGUACCUUGUUUCUGGGUCCAGUCCUGUACCGGACAAUCACAUCAAUGCUACUAGUGAGUACGGAGCAGCCGACUCCAAACACGACUACAGUGCCCCCAGGGCCCGGAUCAACAACACAGAGGUCAAAACACCGCACGGGGUCACUCAAAUGGGAGCCUGGGUCGCAAAGGUUCUAGACAAAAACCAAUAUAUACAGGUCGAGUUGAAUAAUAUAAGCACAAUCAAGGCCAUUGUGACGAAAGGACGAGAUGGUUGCUGCAAACAGUGGGUAACAAAGUACUCUGUAAUGUACAGUAUAGAUGGAAAACACUGGAGCAAAUAUGGUUCACAGACAGCGCAUGUUUUCAAGGGUAAUUCUGACGAAAAUACACCUGAGAUCAACACCUUACAAACUCCAAUACAAGCAAAAUAUAUAAAGCUACAUCCUUUGGAAUGGAGUCAUCAUAUAGCAAUGCGAUUUGAUUUGAUUGGCUGUGCAAGUACACAACAAACAACACUCCCCUUGCCUCUUUCUACACAAUCAACAACAUUCACAACUAGCUCCUCCUCAGGAAACACAACCUACCAAUCAUCAACUUCACAGUCAACAGCAUCCACAGUUGUAAUAUCUCCAUCCUCCAACACAACUGGACUUACCUCUGUGCCUUCAAAUACAACCCCUGGAUCCUCAACAAUUGUUGUAUCAUCUGGAGCACAGACAACUGCACCUUCUGUCACAUCAGGACAAUCCACAGGAUCUUCCAGCACGAAAACACAAACAACAGGGUUUUCAGUAUCAACAGGAACAUUAACUGCAACCUCUAUUACAAUGGGAAAAACUACAGGAACUUCAGUCACGACCUCUCAAACAACAGGAUAUAAUCUUGGCUCUUCCGCCUCGACAGUAAAUCCAACAGGCAUUUCAUCGUCAACAGCACAACCAGCCGCAACCCUUUUCACAACAGGACAAACCACAGGCACUUCAAUCACAGCAGCCCAAUCCACUGGAGUUUUAGUCUCUACAGGAUAUAUUUCAAGCCCCUCAGCUUCAACAAUGAAUACAACAGGCAAGUCAUCCACAGCAGCACAGACAAAUUCACCAACUAUCACAACAGGACAAAUCUCAGGCUCUUCAGCCACAACAGCACAAACAUCAGUAUUUUCAUCCACAACAGGACAAAGCUCAUCAGGCCCAAUAAUACAGACAUCCCCAUCCCAUGGACCUUCGGUCACUACCAUUAAACCAGCUACUUCAUCCACAACAUCUCAAACAAGUACAGCUUCUGUCACAGGACAAACUACAGGGACAUCAGUCACAACAGCACAAACAUCCCAAUCAUCUGUCACACCAGGAAAAAACUCAAGUUCAUCAGCUCCAAUAUCUCAAUCAUCUACAUUCUCUGUUACAUCACCAGGAAAAACCAUAGGAUUAUCAGCAAACCAAACAGCACAAUCAUCAGGUUCUUCAGGUACAAGCCAAUCUACAACAAAUUUAUCCACAACAGCACAUACAACAGCAAACUCUGUUACACCAUCACAAACAACAGGAUCUUCAGUACACACAGCACAAACAGCAGGAAGCUCCAGUGGAACAUUAUCCUCAGUAUCACAGACAAAUACACCUAACAUCACAACAGGAAAAACCAUAUGGUUUUCAGUGACAACAGCUCAAACAUCAACACCUCUCGUUAUGACUGGACAAAUCAUAAGUUCUUCAGUAAAUACAGCACAGACAACCACACCUUUUGUCACAACAGGACAAACUACAGGAUCCUCAGUAACAAAUACACAUACAACAGGAUCUUCAGCCACAUCAAAACCUACAGGCACAUCAUCUACAAUAGCAUCUUCCUUGUCUGUCACAACAGUACAAUCAUCAGGACCGUCAGCCACAUCAUCAAUUACAAAAGGAAGAACCACAGGAUCAUCAGUCCAAACAACAGGAUAUUCAGUCACAUCAUUGAAAUCUACAAGCACUUUAUCCACAGCAGCACAACCAAAUGCAUCUUCUAUAACAACAGGUCAAAUAUCAGGCUCUUCAGUCACAGCAGCACAGACUACCUCUUCAUCUAUGACAGCACAAACAUCUGCAACCCUUGUCACAACUGCACAAACCUCAGGAUCCUCCAUCCAAACAGCACAAACAUCAGGGAAUUCAAUCACAACAUCUAAAUCUACAGUAGGGUCAUCCAUAACAUCACAGACAACUACACCUGCCACAAUAACACAUUCAAAAGGGCCAUCAGUCACAACAGCAUCAGCAUCUUCAGUAACAAUGGGACAAAGUUCAAGCUUAUCAAUCACAAAACAGAUUCCUACUUCUUCAUCUGUGACUCUCACAACAGGUCAAAAUACUGGUUCAUCAAUCACAACAGCACAUACCAUAGGAUCAUCCAAGACAACAGUAAAUUCUACUGGUACCUCAUCCUCACCAUCACCAAUAACUACACCCUCUGUUACAACAGUACAAACAACAGGUUCCUCAAGUUCAGCAGGAUCUUCUAUCACAACUGGACAAUCUCCAGUAUCUUCAGUCACAACUGCUGGAACAACAGUAUCUGCAGUCUCAUCAAACCCUACAGGAAUAGUCUCUACAACAACAGCACAGACAACAACAUUUUCCGCCACAACAGGGAAAUACCCAGGCUCUUCAGCCAAAACAAUACAGACAUCUACAUCCUCAGUUACAGGACAAACAACAGGACCCUCAGUCACAACAGCAAAAAAUAAAGGCACUUCAUCCACAGCAGCACAGACAUCUACAGCCUCUACAACAACUGGUCAAACAUCAGGCUCUUCAGCCACAAUGUCACGGACUACAAGCACAUCUACACCACUUGUCACAACAGCACAAACCACAGGAUCCUCAGUCACAACAGCAAAAAAUACAGGCACUUCAUCCACAGCAACACAGACAUCUACAGCCUCUACAACAACUGGUCAAACAUCAGGCUCUUCAGCCACAAUGUCACAGACUACAAGCACAUCUACACCACUAGUCACAACAGCACAAACCACAGGAUCCUCAGUCACAACAGCAAAAAAUACAAACAUUUCAUCCACAGCAGCACAAACAUCUGCAGCCCCUAUAACAAGUGGUCAAACAUCAGGCUGUUCAGCCGCAAUUGCACAAACUGCAACCAUGUUGCCAAAUGCAGCACAAACAUCUGCAAACCUUAUUUCAACUGUACAAACCACAGGAUCCACCAUCCCAUCAGCACAAACACUAGGGAAUUCAAUCACAACAUCUAAAUCUACAGGUGGUUCAUCCACAAUAUCACAGACAACUAUGUCUGCCACAUCAUUAAAUUCCAAAGGGCCUUCAGUCACAACAGCAACAUCAUCAGCAUCCUCAGUAACAACAGGACAAAGUUCAAGCUUAUCAAUCACAAAACAGACACCUACUUCUUCAUCUGUGACUGUCACAACAAGUCAAAAUACUGGUACCUCAAUCACAACAGCACGUACCAUAGGAGCUUCUAUAUCAACAGUAAAUUCAACUGGCAUCUUAUCCUCGUCAUCACAAAUAACUACACCUUCUAUAACAACAGUACAAUCCACAGGGUCCUCAAGUACAGCAAGAUCUUCAAUCACAACAGGACAAACAAAAGGAUCUUCAGCUUUGUCAAAAUCUACAGGAACAUCAUCUACAAUUGCACAGACAAAUACACUCUCUGUAACAACGUUGAAAACCUCAGGCUCCUCAGCCAAAACAUUGCAGACACCUACAUCCUCAGUGACAACAAGACAGACAGCAGGAUCUUCAGCCACAACAUUGAAAUCUACAGGCACUUCAUCCACAGCAGCACAGACAUCUGCAGCCUCUACAACAACUGGUCAAACAUCAGGCUCUUCAGCCACAAUGUCACAGACUACAGCCACAACUUCACCUAUCAUAACAACACAUUCCAAAGGGCCUUCAGUCACAGCAGCAACAUCAGCAGCAUCUUCAGUAGCAACAGGACAGCUAUCAAGCUUAUCAGCAACACAACAGACAAUUACUAAUUCAUCUGUGACUGUCACAACAAGACAGAAUACUAUAUCUUCAAUCACAACAGCACAUACCAUAGGAUCUUCUAAAGCAAUAGUAAAUUCUACUGGCGCCUCAUCCUCACCAUCACAGAUGACUACACCUUCCAUUACAGCAGGACAAACCACAGGGUCCUCAGGUACGACAGGAUCUUCUAGCACAACUGGACAAACAGUAGGAUCUUCAGUCACAAUAUCACAAAUCUCAGUAUCUUCAACAUUAGGACAAAUAUCAAAUUCCUCAAGCAAAACACAGACAGCUACAUCCUCCAACACAAUAGGAAAAUCACAAGGUUCAUCAAUCCAAGCAACACAAACAACAGGAUCUUUUAACACAACAGGAAAUUUGACAGUUUCUUCAACCAAAACAUCAAGAACAACUAUGCCAUCUGUAACAACAGGACAAAUUAAAGGAUCUUCAAUCACAACAGGACAAGCCACAGUGUCUUUAGUCACAAUAGGACAAACAACAGGAUCUUCAGUCACAUCAAAAUCAACAGGAACUAUAUCGACAACAACACAAACAACUGCCACCUCUGUCCCAAUGGGACAGGCCUCCGCAAAAUCAACAGGAUCUUCCGUCACAACACCACAAACCACAAGCACUUCAGCAGCACAGACAACUGCAAACUCUCUCAUAACAGGAAAAAGUACAGGUUCUUCGGUCACAACAGCACCAACAACAACAACAGUAUCUUCAAUCACAAAAGGACAACUCUCAAGCUCAUCAGCCACAACACAGACUUCUACAUCUUCUCUCACAACAGGUCAAGCUACAGGAUCAUCAAUCCAAACAACAGGAUCUUCAAUCACAACAGUUAAUUCAAUUGGCUCCUCAUCCACAACUUCACAGGCAUUACUUUCUAACAGAACAGGACAAACCACAAGUUCUUUAAACACAACAACACAAGCAACAGGAGGAUCUUCAGUUACAUCAAAACCUAAAGGUACUUCAUCCACAACAGCACAGUCUGCAAGAUCUUCAGUCCAAACACAACAAAUAACAGUAUCUUCAGUCACAGCAUCAAGUAUAUCAAGCAAUUUAUCAACAAGGGCACAAAAAACUACACCAUCUGUUGCAACAGUUCAGUCAACAACUCCUUCAGCCACAACAGCCCAAGCUACUACUACUUCAUCCCCAACAAAAACAUCAGCACAAACCAUGGGACAAAAAACAACAAUCCUACCGAAAGGACAAACAACAGGCGCUUCAGUAACAAAAACUGCUUUAACUUCAGGAACAUCAGUUCAAAUAACAGGAUCAACUACAGCUUCGCAGCUUACUUCUUCAACCAAUACUGGUCAAACAGGGUUAUCUUCAGGUACAACUGUAACCAACAGUGGUCAGACAAAUGUUUCCACUUCAACAAGUGGGAUCUCAAAUCAAACUACAGUAUCAGCCAACAGUCAGCCAACAUCUAUAUCCCUUUAUAAUCCACUGGAUCCUCCUGAUUGCAAGCAACUUGUUUCCUCAGGUUGUUCUCAACCAAGCAUUCUUAUGCACUGUCCCCAUUCCUGUGGGUCAGCCAGUGGUACACCACCUUCCACACCAACAACUAUGUCAGCAACAAUGGCAGCUCUCACAACUAUCAGAAGUUCUACUCAAUCAGCAGGAUUAUCCAGCUCAUCAAGCCCCAUUGUUACACUAUCAACAACCACUUCAACAUUAAAACCAAAGGUUCAUAGCAAAUCAACAGCAGGCCCAACAACCAUCAACAACAUAUCAACAUCCACUGCUACAAAGACAACCCCACAUGUUCUUCCAACAGGAGCUGUUUCUUAUUAUGAUCCAAGGGACCCUGUUGACUGCAAGCGAACACUUCUCACUUAUUCAUGCAGCAUUCCAUUGUUGCAAAUGCACUGCAAAUAUUCCUGUACAUCACAAAAGAAGCCAAAUGGAUAAUUUUACAGAGAGUCUUUUGUACUUUUGUUUUAAUAUACUUAUAAAGUAA